ACGCGCUUCCCGCUGUCAAUUUCGUCCGGAUAGGGCGCCUGAUUAGCGGCCACGGUGCCGGUCGCUAGUCCCCGGCGAAGCCCCUGCCCUCCGUCCAGGGCCCGCGAGUGAAUCCUUCACAUCCAAACAGUGCUGUGCGAUUGCAUAAUUUCUCUGCAGUUAUGUGCCUGUGACUCAACACGUUACAGUGUCAUUCCUCAUUCCUACGAGUGUUAAAAUUGCAUCUAUAACGGCUAAACAAUGCUAAAGGGCCGAGGGCGUGACCCUCGAUUCACGGGGUCUAACCUCCCCGGGAGCCCGGGACACGUGGCUCGUCCAGCCAAUCAGACGGUGACGAGGCCCGCGCUGGGCACGCACCUGACCUUGCGAACCCCCACGAUGCCACGGGCGCCGCUGGCCAAGCCCGAGCCCGAGUACGAGGUGGUGGAGUUUCCCACAGAACAGUAUGUCAAUGCCAAGCUGCAGCCACCGCCCCCGCCGCCUCCACGACCGCCCACAAGUCACCCGGUGGAGGCAUCAUGCGGGCUUUGCGGCGGGGGCGGCGCGCGCGUGCGCUGCUCCGAGUGCGGCCGGCGCGCGCUCUGCGCCUCCUGCGACGACAUGUACCACCGGCAUCCGAAGCGGAGGCACCAUCAGCGACAGGCUUUAUCCUCGCCUCAGCUGCGGGACGAGCGACCUCCGCUCCCGCCGAAGACCACGCCGCCGGUGCCGCCGCCGCGUCGUCACAAGAUAAGCGGCGACAGAUCGAGCGCAAGUCCUCGGCCGCCGUCGGAGCAGAGACGCGCCACACUCGGCCACUUGCCUGCAGGCCACCAGGCCGCCACGCUGCCGCUGAACCACUCUGCGCAGCAGGCACAACUGCCUCCACACCUGCAAGGUAAACUAUCCCAGUCGGGCGUGGCCGGUCAUCUGGGCAGCAUGCCAUACCUGCCGCCCGCGACGGCGGCCGCGCCGCUCGCUCACCACCAGCAAACCAACACGCUGGGACACCCGUCGCAGUGGCGCCAGCGCGGCUCCGUCUCGGGCUUCAUGCCGCCUCAUGUGAUCAACCAACCAAUGCCGCAACAUGCAAUGCCCGCCGAAGCGUGGGACAACCACGACCCUCACGGUGCCCAAAGUUGGUGCCGGCCGCUGCGGCGCGGCGCUUCUGUGCUGGAGCUGGGCGGCGCGUGCGCAGGCUGCAGCCAGUGCGCCGCGCCCGCGCCGUGGCGCUACGGCAGCUGCGCCAGCCUCGAGGCCGGCUGGCCGGGCUGGCCGCCGCCGCAGUGCUACGUGAUGCCGCACACGCCGCACCCACCGCACCCGCACGCGCACGUACCGCACACGCCGCAGCCAUAUCGACGAGCUGAGAGCCGCGUGCGGUCCCGAGCAGGGUCGCCCGCCCUGAGCGCGCGCUCGCGCACGUCGCGCCGCGCGCGCCGCUCGCCCUCCCCCCGCACGCCCGACCCCCCGCCGCUGCCCUCCAGCGACGCCGACUCCGAGAGCGAAGACAGCGACCCAACACCGUCUCGUGCCAGCGCUAAAGAAGAUGAUUUAGGUCCGCCUCCAGCAGCACCUAGCGCGUCGUGGCAAUGUGAAUUCUGCACAUUCGUAAACGAGGCCGGCACCCGCGUGUGCUCCAUCUGCUGCCGCACGCCCACCGCCGCGCCACGCGUGCUGGACGCCGCCCCUCGCGUGCAUGACGUGUCGCCGCACGUGCAGGACGCCACGCACAGCAUGGCACAGCUCAACGUCCAAGCUCGUGAGCCCUCCCCAGUCCACUUUGACGAACCUCGACUUAAACAAAACGGCGAAAGUACUAAAAGUGGACAGAAAAAAGAACGCGCAUCAACUGGAUGUGGCCCGUCGCCACCUCGAGAUGAAAAAUUAAAGAAGCCCAUAAACCGGCUGGUCACUCCGACGCGAGAGGACAACCACGUGGCUUCGAAGACCAAACACGAUACGGGCGUUGGGCCGUCCCCACCUCGGGAGAUGUCAAAGAUAGCUCCAGAGAGACACAGUGUGUCUGUUGGUCCGUCUCCACCGCGCGAAAACGUUAACACGCGCGCUACACGCGCUUCUCCGAGUAAAUCUUCAGUAAAUGUUGAGAAGAAAUCCGCUGGAACUUCGCCCCCUCGCGCCGUUAGCCGCCCGGCCUCGCGCACCAACGUAUCUAACACGGGUACGUCUCCACCGCCGCAAAGUAUCUCCACUCAGACAUACGAAGUGCCAAACUCGUGGGAGCGCGCGCCGUCCGCUUCGCGCCCGCGGUCGCGCGCGCGGCGCCGCUUCCGCGACGACGCGACGCGAGAACGCUCGCACAGCCGACACUCGUUGUCCAGCGACACCCGGGAGAGCGAACGCAGCGCUCGGACUAGCCGGUCGGGGCGGUGGGAGUGGCGCGAGCGAGAGCGAGACAGCAGCCCGGGCGCGGAGUGGAGCGACGGCGAGCGACGCCGCGCCGCGCCCGCGCUGCGGCGCCGCGCCUCGCACCUGGACCUGCAUCGCGCCAGGCCCGCACGCCGCGCCAGCGUUUAUGGGGGCGGUUCUCCAGAGCCUCUGUCCAGCAACAGAGCGAUUUCUCUGGAAGCGCUGGUGGGCGAGGGCGUGCGGCGCGAGGCGGAGCGCGGGCUGGAGCUCGCGAGGCUCAUGAGCGAGGCGGAGCGACUUGGAUUCAGCGCGGCAGAAGUGCACGCAGCGCUGGCGCAGAGCCCGGGCGCGCCGCUGGCGUGGCUGCGCUCGCGCUGGGCCAGCCUGUGCGCGGGCGUGCGUGCGGCCGCGGCCCGCCUGGCGCCGCACGCCGCCGUCUCCGAGCUGGAGGCGCGCGCGGCGCUGGCGCGGCAUCGCGGCGCCAUGUGGCCUGCCGUCACCGACUGCGUCGAGCGCCACCGCCGGCAGGCGGAGCUGGGCGUGGGGCCGGAGCGGCGGCACGGCGGGCGCGUGUGGGGCUCCCCGGCCGGCGCCGACGACGACGCCGCGCCGCACCGCCGCGCUGAAGAUAGCUCAGAUGAGUUUGACGACCGGGGACCGCCCAAACUCCAAGAUGACGACUGGAUGUACUUACCGCUAGAUACUAACAUUGACGACUUGUAUGGGAAAGACGAAAUGUUGAGAGCUCCGAACGAACCUAUCCUUCAAGGAACUGAAGAUGUAGCAACAAAACUGAAGUCUCUCCUCUUACAAGCUGGAGUUCCUGCCGUUGAUGAGAAUAUGUUAUUACAAGGUCUUCUUUCUGAUAGCGCAUUACUCAAAGUCCUACCCGAUAACAAUAACGGCCACAAAACACAGUUUACCGACUUCAUUCAGUCUGAAAAUGACUUUAUAGAUGCCUACAAUGCUUUGACAAGAUUAAGCCCGCUGCCUAACGUUAGUAAAACUACGCCCGAAAAUGUUCAAGAAAAAUCAAAACUACAUAUUAAUAACCAAAUUAUAAAUAAUUCUACAUACAAUGGAAUACAUUAUUCCAAUAGUAAUAAUUCCACUAUGGUUCAUAAUUUAUUCAUAAAUGAAAGUGGCGAUGCUGUGUUAGAAGACUCUAAUUUAUCCAAAGAACCAAUUCACGAAUCGGUUAAUACUGAAGAUAAUACUAAAAUUCUAGCAUUAAAUAUAGCAGCUAUAAGUAAUGAAAGAAUAAAUAACGAUGAAGAAAUAACAACAGCAAAUAUAGCAGAGCCUCGUAUUUCUCACACCGCCAUUGUUACUUUAGAGCCAGGGCCAAUUAAAUUAGAUGAUAAUAUAAUAGAAUCUCCUGUUGUAACAGCUGUAACUACAUAUCAAAUUGAGAAGAAAAACUUUGUAGAAAACGUUAAUAAUACCGUAGGGAAAGAAAUAAAACAUCCCCAAAAUAUAAUAAACUUGAAAGAAGGAGAAGUUCAAGAAGCACGCACCCCUGUAAAUGACAAAGAAACUAUAAUACCUUUUUUGUUGAAACAGGAUAAAAAGAUUCCUUCAACUGCAAUUAAUUUUAUAAAAGAAGACGAAGAAAAAGCUAGAAAUCUGAACGACAUUGUCGAUCAUACACAAAAGCUUAUACAACAAAUGAAAGAAGAAAUCAAUUCCGAUAUAAAUUCUAUAGAAGAUUCAAAUGUUUCUCAAAGUGAAGCUGAUACAAGUUCCAACGAAUCUGAAUUUUCAUCAGAGCAUGAAUCAAGCUAUAGUGAAACAGAGAAUGAAACUGAUAAUUUAACAUCUAAUGAGGAAUCAAGCACCGAAAACGACGAUGAAAUCACUGAAAAACACAAGAUAACAACCAGAACAAGUUCAGAAGAUAAUGACCAAUUUGAAGAGGCUAUGGAUCAUAUAGAUGAUCAAAUUGAAGAUUUUAAAAAUACGAAUAUCAAGAUUUUGGAUUCUAUUGCUCGCACUCUUCAAGAGGAACAUACUAUUUCUGUAAAGGUUAAUGAGCGUACACAGAUGAUUAAUAAUAUACAGGAUAAAAAUAACAAUGUUUUUGUAAAAGUGAAUUCUUUUGAAGAGAUAUACGAUCAGUUGACUAAUGACCCUAAAAUUAGUACAAAUAAUAUUGAGAAACAAGAAAGCACAUUAGAUACAAAUGCUUUAAAUGCUUCGCCUCAAAAUCUAAAAACAGCAAAACAUUUUUUCCCCGAACAAGAAAUAAGUAUUUCGUCAUUUAAACCUGUAACCGCUACAAAAUUAAUAAUAACCGAACAGAAAACCCAAGUAUUGCAUGCUAUUACAGAAUAUUCUAAGAACUCCCUGUAUAUUGAUGAGAUACAGCCAAAAAAUAUGAAUGUUACGGAUAAUCAAAUUAUUGAAACAAACACAAAUGCUGAAAUUGCAACGUCAGUUGAGAAUUUAAACCAAAAAAAACACAUCGUCGAUUCUGAUAUUGACUCUUCUGACACACCAGUACAAUCUGGAAAUUCUAGAGAUAAUACUCCUGAAAAGACAACUAAUGAUCUCAUUCGUGAAAAUGAGCGAAUUAAUUCUUCUAUUAAAGAUAACUCAGCGCUGAAAGAAAUACAAACUGAUGUGUCCCAUAUACCGGAAAGUAAUAUAUCCUCGGAGCAAAAUGUGGAUAAAAAAAAACAAAUAGCUACUACUACUACUGAUGAUAAUUUACAUGAGAAACAAACUGCUCAACGAGACAAUGCAAAUAUUAGCAAAAGUACGCCUAAAUCGAACAUUCCAAAGUUAAUCAAGAUUGUGUCAAACAAUAAGACAGAUAAAAGUUCUCCAAAGGUUGUAACUUCAAAAGUUCCGAUCCGGAAAAACUCGUUGAAGCAAUACCCUGCACCGGCACCACCAAAGUCUCAUUUUGGCAAUAUACAAAGUGGAUUCGUAAAACAAUUGCAAACCAGACUUUUUAGUAACAAAUCAUCAAAAAUAGGCAAUAAUAGUAAUGGUGUUAUCGAUGUUAAACCGACUACGUCGACCCUAUCGAGCAAGAAAAAGAUGGCGCCGCAACCGCCUAAAUCGGUAGAAAAUAAAUUGCCUUCGUCUUCGAGGUUAUCUCCAACUAAAGCAAAGAAAGAAAUCUAUUUCCGCGAAACGUGCCGUACGGAAGAUGAAUGGACGGAGAGCGAAUCUGAAGAGACUACAUUGCGGACUAGAACUGGAAGUGACGAGAAAUACCGCGCGCCGACGCCUCCACCGCCGAUCACUCUGCGGCGGGUGUCGGGGCAGAUCAUCGACCUAGCAUCAGUGCAACUACCAGAAGGUUCGCCUGAGCGGCAAGCCCGCAUGAUACUGGCGGAGGGCGCGACGGAGACGUGGGAGCAGGCGCAGCUGGCGGUGGAGCUGGUGUCGCGCGGGGCGGAGCCCCCGGCGGCGCUGCUGGCCGCGCUCGAGUGCGCCGGGCUGGAGGCUGCGCUGGCGUACCUGCAGCAGGACUGUGAGCUGUGCGCCUCCAAGCUGCCAGAACACGAGAUGGUGUCCAUGCUCCGCUGCGUGCACCGCUGCUGCCGCGAGUGCGCCCGCCUCUACUUCACCGUGCAGAUCUCGGAGCGCAGCAUCGCGGACUGCGUGUGUCCGUACUGCAAGGCGCCGGAGCUGGAGACUCUGCCCGAGGAUGCCUGGCUCGAGUACUUCGCGCACCUCGAUAUAUUGCUCAAGACGCUGUUGGACCCGGACGUACAUGAACUGUUCCAGAGAAAGCUCAGAGACAGAACGCUUGCAAGAGAUCCGAACUUCAGGUGGUGCAUGGAGUGCUCGUCGGGAUUCUUCGUGCAUCCGAAACAAAAAAAGCUGCGUUGUCCUGAAUGCCGUUCAGUCAGUUGCGCCACGUGUAGAAAACCGUGGACUUCGAAUCACGAAGGUCUAACUUGCGAGCAGUAUACUAAAUGGGUGGAAGACAAUGAUCCCGAGCUCUCCCUGUCUGCUGUUCAGCAACACUUGCGCGACAAUGGAUUGGAAUGUCCGAGAUGUCAUUUCAAAUAUUCCCUAUCCAGGGGCGGCUGUAUGCAUUUCACAUGCACGCAAUGCAAAUACGAAUUCUGUUACGGUUGUGGGAAGCCCUUCACAAUGGGCGCGCGCUGUGGCCUCAGCGAGUACUGCGCCAAGCUGGGGCUGCACGCGCACCACCCCCGCAACUGCCUCUUCUAUCUCCGCGAUAAAGAACCGCAUGAAUUGCAAACUUUGCUGCAGAUGAACAACGUACCAUACGAAACGGAAUCGCCAGAAGGUUGCACGAAGCGUUGCCCCAUACAGUUGCAACGAGAGACUCCCACAGGACUGGUCGACGGCAUUUGCGGCAGCGAAGUGCCUCCCAAACACGCAGGCUUGUGCAAGAACCAUUACUUGGAGUACCUGAGCAGAGUGGUGCGCGCGCGCGGCGUGGACCCGCUGCCGCUGCUGGGGGUCGACGACCUGGAGACGCUGGUGCGGCGCGCGGCGCUGCGUCUGCCGCCGCGGCCCUACGGCUCGCUCGAGGGGCUGUUCAAGCGCGCGCUGGCCGAGAUUGUACGAGAAAAAAUACCAUUGGAAUGAAGAAAUCAAACGUAGGCUGGAACUGAUGUCACAUACAUUAUCAUCAAAGAUACGAGUACAAGUCGUCUCACAACAAAGUAUUAUUCUAUACAAUAGUUAAUAUUCUAUACAAAGCUACUCUUUAUUUUGUAUUAAGAAAAAAAAUUAUGAAUUAACUUUAGAAAUAUAAUAAUUUAUCAAACAAUACAUUUUGA